UUGGUCAGUACCGAGGACAGAUGACGUCAGCGCCGGAGGAAAACGGUUUGAAAAUAAAUAGCGCCGUCGUUGAUGUCGAUCAAGCGGUUGUUGUUGAUGGCUGUGGAGAUGCGAUGGAAGGAACAACAGACGAUGCUGGAGGCGGCGCAAGUGGAAGUGGAGGUAGAAGUGGGAGAGUGAGGGGGCCGUGGUCUCCGGAGGAAGAUGCGGUACUGACUCGAUUAGUGAGUAAGUUUGGGGCAAGGAAUUGGGGAUUGAUUGCCCGAGGAAUUCCUGGUCGUUCUGGAAAGUCUUGCCGCCUUCGCUGGUGUAAUCAGCUCGACCCUGGCGUUAAGCGCAAGCCUUUCACCGAUGAAGAGGAUCAAAUAAUAAUAUCUGCCCAUGCCAUCCAUGGAAACAAAUGGGCCUCAAUUGCAAAGCUUCUAUCAGGUAGAACAGACAAUGCUAUUAAGAACCACUGGAAUUCUACACUAAAGCGCCGGUUUUCAAGUAUGAGUCAAAAUGAGAUGAUUCAAGAUGGCAGCAUUGACACACUAGUGGCAUCCUCAGGGGAAACCAUGUCACCUGGACUUAUUAACUCAUUAAAUUCCCCAAAAGAAGAGUAUAUAAGCCCCGUGGAAGAGAUACCCAGACAGACUGAAGGAAAAGAUCAAACGAAUGGGGAUCAGUUUUAUUCUGACAAUUGCCAAUAUAAUGUUUCUGAAAGGAAUCAGCAUUGUAUUGGUGAAAAGAAUUCUUCUAAUAUUCAUCGUCCAGUUGCCAGAAUAGGUGCAUUUAAUAUUUAUAAUCCAUCUGGUUCUGAUUAUGCUCUUCCAAGGACAACCCCUAUGCAGGGUCCUCUAAUCCGAGCUUCCACACCUGAUUUUGGCUUCUUCACAUAUAUGGAAGGUGAAUUAGAUGAGCCUGUGAUCCCUUUGCAAUGCAGCCAUGGUUGCUGCAGAUCCUCUGGCAUGGGCUCUUCUUUGAAGAAGAGCUCAUUGUUGGGACCUGAAUUUGUUGAAUAUGAAGAACUUCCCCCCUGUUCAGGUCAUGAAUUGGCUGCCAUAGCCACAGACUUGAACAACAUUGCCUGGAUUAAAAGUGGACUUGAGAAUUCAUUGAGAGUACCAGAAACAGCUAGUGGCCCAAUGGUGCCUCGGACUGUCCCUGUGCAAAUGAAUGCUCAUGAACAUGCGUUGCAGCCCUUGCACUUUGACAAGGUACAGCACCAAUCAAGAGGAAUCAUGACAAAUGUGUUUCCAGCCAAGAUGCCUUUGCCAACGUGUAUUUUUUCAAGCUGAAUUUGGAGGCUAGAGCUAAUGUUAUAAGCUCUCUCUCUCUCUCUCUCUCUCUUAAAUUUAAAGUGGAAAUGAUAAUAGCUUCAUUAAACUGAGUACAAGUUCAUCUGCUGGAUUAUGGCAGGCUAGGAUUAUACAAUCUUGUAUAGAGCCUAUGUUGUUUUCGGAGAAGAGAUCAUGUCCUUGCUUGAGAUUGGAUUCCUGAUGCUUUAUUGCUUUUCUGAAAAUUGACCUGCUGAGGUUCCUUUUACCUCAGUUUUUCUGA